AUGGGGAGGAAACACCAUACAACUCUGGACUUGCUUAAGCCAGCUUCAGAGCGAGCAACACCACUUGAGCGAAACCAACUCCAAGAAGAGCAGUUUAACCGGAGGCACGGGGCACAAAAGCGUCAGUUCGAGAAAGGAGACCCUGUCUACGCCAGCAUUUUAAUUCAAGGAAAGCUCGUCUGGCUGAUUGGCACCAUUAUUGAACGCAUCGGUACUGUUAACGUCAACGUCUGGCUGGAAGAAAAGAAGCGGCACAUCAAGUCACACGCAAACCAACUCCGUGCUCGGGGGGACUCAAAAGUCGAGGCCUACCCGGAAGAAGCUGCAUCGGAGGUCAAGCUGCCUCUGCACAUCCUGCUCCAAGACUUCGAUCUCGGCGAAGAUCUAGCAACACCUGAGGUUCAACAAACAGCACCAUCGGCUACGAUUCCACCACAACGCCGACAACGAACGAGGCCAUCAAGCAUUCUUCGGCGGUCAACUCGUAUCCGCCGGAUGCCGGAGAGGUACAACCCGUACUUCUACAAUUAA